AUAAAAUCCGAAAUUCACUGACAAAUUCCCUUCCCGCAAAAACACACAUAGAAAGAGAAAAUAGAUAUCACAGAUUCUGCUUGUUUCCGGACGCCUUCUAAUCAUCCUCAUAGUUCGUAAGAAAAUUCUAUUCAAUUCAUGUUUAAAAUUGGGUUUAGUUUAACUAUGCAUAUUUAUAUUUAUUUUAUGCAUCCCGAUUGAUCGCAAUCUCGUUUUGAUUCCUCCUCUUGCCUUUUAUCGUCUAUGAUUACAAUUUAGUCAACGAUUUCUGGUCCCAAGUUUGAUUUUUGAGGUAAAUUCGCAGCUUUCCCUUCAAUUUCUAGGGCUAGGUCGCUUUCUUCAUUUGGAAAGGUUUCCUAAUUAGAUGAUCGAAUAACUUUUGGAACGAAAUGCGUCAAAAUUUGAGCAAUUGUGUUGAAUUGUGAGUGCAUAGAUACGCAAUUCUUCCGUUAUAAUGUUUGUAUGAAUGUUGGUUUUGUUGUGUUUUAUUCAUGUUAAUUGGUAAAGAGUUAAAGGCUGAGCCUUUUUGUGUUUUUCUUCUUGCUUUUGUUGUUGCAAUUGUUUCUUGAGGGUUCAUAGUUAUUGGACAAUGGUUGUUUCUUGUAAUGAAAAAUCUACAUAAUUAUAUGCUACAUUAUGGUUAUCUGGUUCGCCUACAAAAGAAGUUGAUAAAUGACAAAUUAACUGAAAGAAUGUUCUUCUGAGGUAGCUGAAAACAUCUAUUGAUUUUGCAUACAUUAUUCCUUCUGUCGAAUGCUGUGUAUGCACCUAGCACUCAGCUGAUGCCAUUUGCGGAAGGUUGUCUUGUCAUUGAUACUAGACUGGACGUCACUUGAUAAAUUUGUUUUUACCAGUUGGCAUAAAUUCAUGCCUAUUUUUCGAUAGUGCAUUGUCAUUAACAGCUUUUGUAUGAAGGACUAUCUGUUGAAGCCUUAUAAAGCCUGAUAAUUUGAAGGAGUGUUUCUGAAACCAGUUAAACAAAGCAUAUCUGUUCUCUCCAUUGAUAUUUUGGUAUUGUUUUUGUGGGCAAAGGAAAAUGCUGCUCUCAUGAAAAUUUUGGAUUCUGCUUUUGGUGGAACAACUGGACAUAUUUCCGAUGGGUGUCAACUUCUUAUCCGUUUCUGUAGCCUGUACCAUUCUGAGCCUGGUUGGCGUUCAGUACUGGACAGAAAUCUCACUUGCAAAGCAUCAAUCAGAUGUUUUGAUUGUAAAUGAACUUAUCAAUUCAGAAAAUGCAACCCAUACUCUUGAGCUUCUUUUUGGUUCAUACACGACCCUUCUGCUGGUUUCCAGUUUGGCAGUUAAUGUCAUUGUCCUGUUAAUCUUAGGCCUAAAGACAGUAUUCUUUUCGGAGUUGUAUACAUCUGAAAUCCGAAAAAUGCUUGAAAGGCUCGUGAAUUACAUCAUCUACAAGGGAACUUUUCUUCCAUUGGUAGUCCCACCAACAAUAUUUCAAGCAGGUCUAUGGUCAACUUGGUUAGCCAUGCUUUGCUUCUUAAAGAUGUUUCAAGCUUUAGCUAGGGAUCGGCUUGAACGUUUGAAUGCUUCACCUUCUGUCACCCCAUGGACAUACUUCCGUGUAUAUUCUGCUUUGUUGCUUGUUUUCUCUGUUGACUUGCUCUGGAUAUUGCUAUGUGCGACAAUCUACAGUGCAAUGCCUUCAUCAAUAUUUUUGUUGUUAUUUUUUGAGCCGUCUAGCAUAGCUUUUGAGACACUGCAGGCCAUUGCAGUCCAUGGGUUUCAGUUGCUCGAUAUAUGGAUGCAUCACUCCGCAGGAGAUGCUGCAAAUUCACAAUUAUCUAAAAUCUCCGCAGGUUCACUGGGGGAAUGGAAAGUCAUGGUUAUUCGGAAUUUUGGAUUUUUCCUUGACAUGAUGACGUUGCUAAUGGCUCUUGCUCACUACCUAUAUAUUUGGUGGCUUCAUGGCAUGGCAUUUCAUCUUAUAGAUGCAGUCCUUUUCCUAAAUAUCCGUGCCCUUCUAAGUGCUAUUGUGAAGCGUGUAAAAGGUUUUGUCAAACUGCGUAUGGCUUUGGGAACCCUUCAUGGGGCACUACCUGAUGCCACAUCUGAAGAGCUCAAAGCAUAUGAUGAUGAGUGCGCAAUUUGUAGGGAACCGAUGGCAAAAGCUAAGAGGCUGUCUUGUAGUCAUUUAUUCCAUCUCGCAUGUUUGAGAUCUUGGUUGGAUCAAUGUUUAAGUGAGAGUUACUCAUGCCCCACUUGUCGCAAACCACUCUUUACAAACAGAUCUGAAAGUACUGUAAAUCCAAAUGCUGCAGAUUUGUCUAGAGAUGAGCAACUUGCUCAUCAGAUUAGUACUGCACUCAAUGGGCCUGAUCUUCCCGGUCAUAACCUGCACCCGGGAGUCUUUACCAACCAGCCACAGAACCUAGAAAUGAGUGAUUGGAGGAGGACGGGUGUAAAUUUAAGUUGGUUGGGUUUAGAUGGAGCUGGCCCAUCUGGAUUAAAUCGUGUUCAGAUGUUAAUGAGGCAACUUGACGUUGGAGAAACUUAUGCACAUAGUACGCUCGAAGAUGCUGCAUGGAGUCUGUUUCCUCCGAACCCGUCUCAGAUUGGUACCUCAAGAUCACCAAUCCCUCCUGCUGCCUCAACAAGAUAUCCCGGAGGCACUAGUGGUUUGCAUGUGAGGCCAACAUCUAAUGCUGCCAGCACCAACUUUGAAAACAUCAUUGCAAUGGCCGAAACAGUCAGAGAAGUGCUGCCUCACGUUCCAGACGAUGUAAUCUUUCAGGAUUUGCAGCUGACAAAUUCCGCGAUGGCCACUGUGAAUAAUCUUUUGCAAAUGUGAUGGACUCCGCGAGCUAGACUCUUCCUUCUCCAGUGAUGUCAACAGUGCAGGGGUUGAAGCUCGGAAUGCAAACGAUUAUAAGGUUUGUGCAAUAGAAGCUUCUUCCCUCCUCCCUCCCCCUGUGUACAGCAGCUGCACACUAAAACAUCUUUGAGGAAAUGUGCAAAUAAUUAAUUUUGUUAGGAAAAUAAAGCAAAUUCAGUCUAAAUGAAAGGGCUCUGUUGCAUCUCUUUGUAGUUGCCUUUUUUUCGUUAACUUACAUAUUCUGCGGAAUGUUGUAGUCCUUGUACUCUAUUAUACCUAUUUCAUGAAAUAUGUAACAUCUCCAUCUCUAUCUUCUUUUA